UGAACUUGUGAAGUUUCAGAUAUCUGCAAGACAUCAAAGUGGCAGUGUCCUGAAGGGAGCUGAAUAUAACUAGUCUGUAAAUGAAGAGAGAGAAUUUGGGAGUGUAGGGCACAUCAAUGCUAUACAGUGUCAUGAGCAUGAGUGAAAUCACAGAUGGAGAAGAGGGGACCAAAGUCUUGAGUGUUGGGGCACUCCCGUUAAGACUCCAGAGGGAAACUAGCAAAGGAGUCAGACUGAGGGACCUUGAGAGUGUGGUGUGCUUAGCAAAGAGAUAAAGUUAUAUUAAAGGAAAAGGAGUGGUCAGUGGUCACACAGUGCCUCUAAGAUUAGGACCGAGAACUCCCGCUAGACAAGAGCUGCUCUGUGCGAUGAUUGGUAGAGAAGGCUUUGGUAUGGGUGUCAGAGAAGAUUGGAGAGGAAUCGUGGGCAUCAGUAGACACAAUUCUCCUAAGGCAUUUUGCCGCAAAGGGAAUCAGAGAGAUGGGGCUGCAGCUGGUGAGGAAGGUGGGGUCCCCACAAGUUUGUUUAUAUAUGAGAAAUAACAUUUUCAGGAAUGAUCCAGUGGAGUGGGGAAAUUGUUGGGAGAUUAAGUGUGCCAGCUGACGGUGGGGGCCCUUGAGCAAGAUAGCAGGAUGGAGUAGAUGGAAACAUGGUGCUGAGUGGGUAGAUGGGGGCCGAGUCCAAGGUCUUCUGAUGUUGUUCCUUUUCUCGGUGAAACAGGAAGUUGGGCCAUCUGCUGCGAUAUUAAAUGAGGGAGUGUUCCAGGGGUAAUGGGAGUGUUCCAGGGGUGGAGAAAAGAGAGGGAAGGUGUGAAAUGGUAGGCAGGGAAGGAGAAGAAUGGACCAGGGAAAAGUAGUUUGAUUUCCAGAUAGCAUUAAGGACCCACCUGCGGGUCAUGGCCUUGACUACAAAGUGAGACCCAUCAGACCAGUUCUCUUUUUCUCUAGCCUUAUUUAGCUCUAUGGGUGCAGGCAUGACAUAAGUGGAGUUGAAUUUACUAAUAUGGUUUUACCAAGAGAGUUUUUCAGGAGAGUAGAGGAAGGGAAUAGAAGUAUACACAAGGAAAUUAUUACAGUGUUGAAUUGUGGAAUAUCAGCUGAGUAAGGGAAGAGGGUCUUGAAAAGCUGGUAGGCUUAUCAUUCUUGUCAUUUAGACUUUGAAUAUUCAAGGCCAGUUCCUAACUGUAUAUAUAUACACACCAGUAUAAGAAAAAAUUUAAGUCAGAUUUGCAAGAAGUUAUUUUGAGCAGGUAAAGAGGAGGAGGCUGUCUAGGUUCUACCAAAGCCAAAGAAUAAUAGUAAAAACAAAAAGCUACAAAAAAACCCAAUAGUCUCAUCUUCUGAUUUAUUUUUUGUUUGGCAGUCAUGGUAUAACUGAAAGCCAAGAAAAGGCCCUGCAUUUUUAAUGGAUUUACUCAACCAUUUCCUUUAAAAAAGUAAGAACAAACAAGCCCACAGGUUUUAUUCUUAUAAAAACACUGCAUGUUCAUUAUAGAUUGUUUUGAAAAUAAUGUUUACAAAAAUUCUGCCAUCCAGUUAACAGUUCUGCUGUACUUUGUAGUCCAGUUUUCCUCCCUAUUCUAUGUAAUUGAACCACAUACGUAUAAUUUUGUUUCCUGUGUUUUUGCACUUAACAAACGAACAAUAUGAAUUUUCCCCUCAUGUUAUUUAUAACUCUGUAUAAAUAUCAAUUUCAGUGGUUCUCUAAAGUUCCAUUGUGUAAAUGUGCCAGGAUUUUGUUUACUCAUAACUGUUGGAAAUUAGGAUGUUUCCAAUUUUUUUUUUAAUUUAAAUUUACUUUUUGUCAUAAAUAAUGAUCCAGGGAAUAUUUUUAUGUUUUUUUCUUUAAGAUUUAUAAAAACAGCAUUAUUGGGUCAAGGAGUAUGGUUAUUUUUCAGUUGCAUAUUGCCAAAUUAAUUUUUAUGACUGUAUUAAGAUCCUUCAGCUGGGCGCAGUGGCUCACACCUGUAAUCCCAGCACUUUGGGAGGCUGAGGCAGGUGGAUCAUCUGAGGUCAGGAGCUUGACACCAGCCUGGCCAACAUGGUGAAACCCAUGUCUAUUAAAAAUACAAAAAUUAGAUGGGAGUGGUGGCAUGUGCUUGUAUUUCCAGCUACAGGAGGCUGAGGCAGGAGAAUCACUUGAACCUGUGAAGCACAGGUUGCUGUGAGCUGAGAUUGCACUAUUGCACUCCAGCCUGGGUGACAGACUGAGACUAUCAAAAAAAUAAUAAUAAUAAAUUUUUUAAAAAAGACACUUUCAGGCAAUCAAGACAACCAUUUAGAAAAAUCUUUGCUGACUUGACUUUUGGAAAAUCAUAGUGUUAAUAGUUUAAUUUGUAUAUCUCUGAUUCUUGUGAGGGUUAAUAUUUUUCCGUAAAUGUGUUGAGUGAAUUGGUUGUAUGUGUGGAAAAAUGUAAAUCCUUACCUACCUCACGCAUAAGUCAGUACUAGAUUAAUCAAGGACUUAAAUAUGAAAACCAAAACUUCUUUACAGCAAGUACAGGAGGACAUGUGAUCUCAAUGUCAGAUGAAUUUUUUAAGACAAUAGAAGGGGCAAAUAAUAAAGGUAAACUGAUAAAUUUGACUAAAAUAAAAUGGAGAAACUUCUGAUCCUCAGGUACUAGAAAAAGAAUAAAAAGUCAAGAUACAAGGUCAAUGCAACAGUAAAGAAAAAAGAGAAAAGACACAGGAUGAUCUGUAUGAACUGACAUAGAAUGAUUUCUAGGAGUCUGAAGUUUACCUGCUGUGUGUUAAAUUUUUUUGUUCUCUGUAUUUAGCCACACACUUUAAUCAUCACUUCCCCACAAAGUUUUUUUAAAGAAGUUUUAUAGUUUCAUGGCCGAGCGCAGUAUCUCACGCCUGUAAUCGCAGCACUUUGGGAUGCCGAGGCGGGCGGAUCUGAAGGUCAGGAGUUCGAGACCAGUCUGGCCAACAUAGUGAAACGCAAUCUCCACUAAGAAAAUACGAAAAUUUGCCGGGCAUGGUGGCAUGCACCUGUAAUCCCAGCUACUUGGGAGGCUGACGCAGGAGAAUUGUUUGAAGCCGGGAGGCAGAGGUUGCGGUGAGCUGAGAUUGUGCCACUGCACUCCAGCCUGAGCAACAGAGCAAGACUCUGUCUCAAAAAAAAAAAAAAAAAAAAAAGUUUUAUAGUUUUAGUUCAUACAUUUCGGUAUAUGAUCCAUUUUGACUUAAUUCUUACCUAUGGUGUGAAGUAAGGGUUUACAUUUUUGUUUUUAGUUAUUCAGUUGUCCCAGCACCAUUUGUCAAGAAGACUUUCCUCACUGACUCGUCUUGGGACUUUUCUUGAAAAUCAAUCGACUAUAAAUAAAAUGGCUCCAAAGGUUAAAUGAAGCAGGAAAAAUACAUAGAUGCAGCCUUGCAGCCUCUCCAGAUGUUUGGCGAUAAUAUUCCAGAUAGAAAUAUUGAUCCCUUGGAUUAGGUAACUAGUCAUAAUGAAGAAAAUUAGUCUUAAAACCUUACGGAAAUCUUUUAACUUGAAUAAAAGUAAAGAAGAAACUGAUUUCAUGGUAGUACAACAACCAUCGCUAGCCAGUGACUUUGGAAAAGAUGAUUCCUUAUUUGGUAGCUGCUACGGUAAAGAUAUGGCCAGCUGCGAUAUCAAUGGUGAAGAUGAAAAAGGCGGAAAAAACAGAUCAAAAAGCGAGAGCCUGAUGGGUACGCUAAAAAGGCGGCUUUCUGCAAAGCAGAAGUCGAAAGGCAAGGCGGGCACACCCUCUGGGAGCUCUGCCGAUGAGGACACCUUCUCCUCCUCCUCAGCACCCAUAGUCUUUAAAGACGUGAGAGCUCAGAGGCCGAUAAGGUCCACCUCACUCCGCAGCCAUCACUACAGUCCCACGCCGUGGCCUCUGCGGCCCACAAACUCCGAGGAGACCUGCAUCAAGAUGGAGGUGAGAGUCAAGGCCUUGGUUCACUCUUCCAGCCCGAGUCCAGCUCUGAAUGGCGUCCGGAAGGAUUUCCACGACCUCCAGUCUGAGACCGCGUGCCAAGAGCAAGCCAAUUCACUGAAGAGCUCGGCUUCUCAUAACGGGGACCUGCAUCUUCACCUGGAUGAACAUGUGCCUGUCGUUAUUGGACUUAUGCCUCAGGACUACAUUCAGUAUACUGUGCCUUUAGAUGAGGGGAUGUAUCCUUUGGAAGGAUCACGGAGCUAUUGUCUGGACAGCUCUUCUCCCAUGGAAGUCUCUGCGGUUCCUCCUCAAGUGGGAGGGCGCUCCUUCCUCGAAGAUGAGAGUCAGGUAGACCAGGACCUAGUUGUCGCCCCAGAGAUCUUUGUGGAUCAGUCCGUGAAUGGCUUGUUGAUUGGCACCACGGGAGUCAUGUUGCAGAGCCCGAGAGCGGGUCACGAUGAUGUCCCUCCACUCUCACCGUUGCUACCUCCAAUGCAGAAUAAUCAAAUCCAAAGGAACUUCAGUGGACUCACUGGCACAGAAGCCCACGUGGCUGAAAGUAUGCGCUGUCAUUUGAAUUUUGAUCCGAACUCUGCUCCUGGGGUUGCAAGAGUUUAUGACUCAGUGCAAAGUAGUGGUUCCAUGGUUGUGACGAGCCUUACAGAGGAGCUGAAAAAACUUGCAAAGCAAGGAUGGUACUGGGGACCAAUCACACGUUGGGAGGCAGAAGGGAAGCUAGCAAACGUGCCAGAUGGUUCUUUUCUUGUUCGGGACAGUUCUGACGACCGUUACCUUUUAAGCUUGAGCUUUCGCUCCCAUGGUAAAACACUUCACACUAGAAUUGAGCACUCAAAUGGUAGGUUUAGCUUUUAUGAACAGCCAGAUGUGGAAGGACAUACGUCCAUAGUUGAUCUAAUUGAGCAUUCAAUCAGGGACUCUGAAAAUGGAGCUUUUUGUUAUUCAAGGUCUCGGCUGCCUGGAUCUGCAACUUACCCCGUCAGACUGACCAACCCAGUGUCCCGGUUCAUGCAGGUGCGCUCCUUGCAGUACCUGUGUCGUUUUGUUAUACGUCAGUAUACCAGAAUAGACUUAAUUCAGAAACUGCCUUUGCCAAACAAAAUGAAGGAUUAUUUACAGGAGAAGCACUACUGAAAGAAUGAGAACCCUGCAUCUUGCACUUUGGGAAUAAGAACAAGAGAUUGAAAUACAGUUUACAAACUUUCAUUGCCAUCAAAAUCUUUUGCUGCCAUAACUAUUUCAGUUUUAUGUGUAAAAGAGUCAUCAGUUUGUUUAGGGGUGGGGAAGUGUCAGCAAGGUGUCUUGGGUUUAUUUCGGUUGUUUAAAAAGGGAAGUCUUGCGGUUUUAGAGGUGUGAAUUAUGUUUCAUCAAUGUGCAGAAUAAUCACAAUGUGAAUUAUCAGAUUCUCCUCAAUGCCCCUCCUGCCCAGUCCUUUGCUGCUAUCCACUGUGAUUUUUAUGCAUUAAAAGCACAUUUCAUUUGUAUUCAACCCUAAGUAAAGUUGAAUGAAACUCACAGAAUGGAAAUUGCUAUGUCUUUUCAAAUGGCCCAUUUUCAAAAGAUAGCGUUGAAUAAACAUACCUGUGUGGUAAAACACAGAAUUUACGUAUACACUGAAGAUGAGUUUUUAAUCUCUUACUUUAAAAAGAUUUAUUUAGAAUCGUGAAUUGACAUAAUCUUGGGUAAUGGAAUGGAGAUCUGCAACAUAUCUUUUAACAACACCUUUUUCUAAAUUAUUUCUAAGGUUGUGCUAAUUCUUUUGGUUGUGAAAAGUUGAAUUUUUCUGUUGCCUUCAUUUUCAUCUUCUAGUUUGUCUAUUUUAAUAAAUGGCCUUACAUUAAAAAAUUGUAAAGAAAUGUAUACCACCAAUUUAGAAAUUGUUGCCUUUUCUAUAAUUAAACUCGGGUACAAAUUGGCAUAACAUGAAAACCUAUGGAACUAGAAUUAUUAUUAAAGAAAUAUUAGAUGAUCAUAGCUUCCUGUGAUAGCAUUUUUUUGUGUGUUACCUAUACUUUUGGUAAAAUGUUUUAUCUGUGGUUUCUUUAGCUUAGUCAACAUUUUCUUGGGUGAACUUGAUUGUCAACUAAUUUUCAUAAAUGGACUGGAUUCUCUUGCGACAUUAAUGUUUAUAAAAAGUUUUAAAUUGAUUUGAAUAGAAAGAAAACAUUGUUUUAAAGUUGGAUUUAUAUUUUUCUUCUACGUAGUUACUAUAAAAGUGUGCUGGAUUUGACCAAUCCUUACCCCCACUAUAAAGAGAACCCUUGAUGACUUUAGUUUAAAAAUUGUGGAAAUUGUGGAGCAAUUUUUCUCACAACGUGAGAAAAAUUCUAAACCAUAUUAGAUAAUGUGGAAGUCAUACUGUCUAUCAUAUGUACUGCCAUUUAAAAAUAGAUUUUUAAAAUUUAGCUAAGUCUUAAGUAAUUUGCCGUUGCUAAUAAUUUUAUCUCCUUGAGUUGGUUGUUGGGGAGGGAUGUUAUAUUCAAUAAUUUUUAGUUAUUUUGAAAUGCAGCGUGUUUAUUCAUUUCACAGUUCUGCAAUGGAUGUAGUAUUUUGGGAUUGCCCUGUCCAGAAAAUUUUCAGCUACACACCUUUAAAGGAAAAUGCUUCUGUCUCAGAUGAAACAUGUAAUUUGGGAUGGUUCUUCCUUUGUCACUUAAAGGAAGAGAUAAUAGGAAAAGUCUCUUACCCACUUUAAACAUGAGGGUAAAGGUUUAGGUCAAACUUACUGGCUUUGUCAUUCAAGCAUAUCUGAAUCCUCACUUUUUUCUCUUUGUUUUUUAGGGUCAGAACUGAGAUAUUACCAAGAAAAGGCACAAUGCCAUAAUAUGGUGUUAUGGUAUUUUGACUUAAAGGGGAAAAGGUACUUAAUUUUGGUGGGAUGUUGAUUGUACCUUGUUACAAAGACUCUCAUUUUCUCAUAUGUUUUCUCCUAAUAAGAUGGAAUAUGGAGUAUACUGUAAUAAUAUAAUUUAAGUGUUCAUUAUAAACUAUUUGGAUUAAGAACUAUUACAGAGUUGUAAGCUUGUUAUCAAAUUAAUGCAAGACAUUUAAACUAUUUUUUUGCAAAACUAUUUAUUUUUAAAACAACUUAAAGUAUAUCUAGGGUGAGUUAAAAGUCCCUGUGCAUCUAUAUUAGAUGGCAGGUUUCGUCACAGAGUCACUGUGUAUUAAUAAUAAAUGUUGAAAUGGCUUCUCCGUGUCUCCAGAAGCAUUUACAUGUCCUCCUUGUGAGAUCAUGGUGCACAGAGGUCUUUGGACUGCCCUGAACCCGUCUGAUGUGGACAUAACCUAUUCCCUUCGUUUUCUCAUCAUGCCAUGUGUUUAAGAUCUACCUGCUUAGUGUCAAGAUUAUUCAGAUUUUCAUCUAAAUGUUUUUAAAGUUGUAUUUUGUGUUUUAGUGGAGGACAGUCUUGAUACUGUUCUAAUUCAGAAAGCCAAAUUUUGAUGCGCUUUUGUAUAUUCAUAAUAUAUACUUUAAUAUGCCCUAUUCUAAUCUAGUUUGAAAUUGUUAGAUUCUGAUAGUAUAAUGAUAAAGUCAAACUAUUUGCCAAAAAGUUAAAUUUACAAGCAGAAAGAUGUUUUGUGAUAUUUUCUACUUUUGUGUAGAAAGAUAACCAUUUGGGGUAGGCAGCACAACAGAAUGUGAAAGAUUGGCUUUAUAUGUUACUAACACAGUCCGGUUAAAAGUGGAAACAAGGAAAAGAGAGAGAGAAAACUCAUCAUUUAGUUUGCUCUAGACACAAUUUGGUUAAAUUUCAGGAUUCUAUUGGCAGUUAACAUAGAUGACAUGGACACAGCCUGUGAGUGCUUUUUAAAUACGUGCUUCUAAAAAUCUGAGCUCAAAGCAAGAAAAAGAAAACAGGAAAGCUGUAUCCAUUUGCCAUAAUAGAUGAAUCAGAAUUGUUUUCUAUUAAAUAUUUCAUCACGCAAUAUGAUGGAGGCCAGAAGCUAUUUUUAGGCUUACUAUAACACUAUUAUGCAUUUUUAUAAAUAAUAAGAAGGCUGUAGAAAGUACUUGAAAAAUGUCUAAUUCUUUCUCUUUCUGUCUAAGGAAAACUCUUUCUACUUGGUGCAAUAAUCUGAAAAUUUAGAAGGUCAAAAUAUGUCACAGGAAAUGAUCAUAGAACUAAAAAUAGUUUUUAAGGAAACCAGCUACAUGGGGCAACCAACCAUCUUGCUGUUGAAGAAAACAAAGUUCCAAAAGGCUAAAUCAUUGGCAUAAAGGAAACAAAACCCAAAGUUUACGCUGUAAUUUUUGAGCCAGUAUUACUGAAACAGGAUAAAAGUUACUAAAAUCUAACAUAGGUUAAUGCAAUGUCUCUGCUAGUGCUACAAGUCUAAAAUAUCUUUGUAACAAUGCUUUCAGAAAUGCCAGUUUUAAUUACUGAUUGUAUAUGAGAGAUACUGCUUUAUGAAUGAAUCGGAAUAAUACAUUUUCAUUUAAAUCUUAAUUGCUUUUCAUCAAAUGCGAAGUCUUAAUUUCAAAAUGAAAUCACACUACCAGCAAUAGACAGUUUUCUUGAAAACUCUAAUAAGGAACAAUAGCCAGUUCCAUAAAUAACUUUAAAAUUCUAAAAGUGUUGGUACACUAGCAAUCACAAAUGUGGUUUCUUUUAAUACUUUUUUAAUCCUGUAAAGAAGGUUUUUUAUAAACAGUCUUUUUAUUAAUCAGUCAUAACAUGGCAAAGUGUGUAGUUGCUGUUUCUGAAAAGUGAUCCAAACUCUACAUCCAGAGAUUAUGAAAAAUUCUUAUAGAAUUUUGUAAUAAGUAUAUACAUGUUGGGUUAAAGAAAUUUCAUAGUUGUUGGAGUGCCAUGAAAUUAAUACUUGCAAUUCAGAUUGCGGUAGUUUACACUUUUUCUGUAUGUUUCAAAUCAGGUGUGUACCAUUUGUACCGAGAACACCACAGAAUGAAUUAUCCAAAGUCCAUUGAUUUGAAUACGUGUUUUGGUUUGUAAACAAAUUAUAGUAAUUUCUUGCACAUUUUUGGAAAUUAAUUGUAUAAGAAUUUAUGUAUCUGCUUCUAGAUACAGUGUGUAAAUAAAAAAUUUCGUUCACAA